CUGCUCUUAAAAAAUAGUACCACUACGGAUACUAGAGGUAGAAGAGAAGAACAUGAAACCGUAUUGUUACGGCAAAUAUCUUGUAAGUAUACAACACGUGUAUGUCUAAUCAGUCUUACUAAAUUUCCUAAUUAUGUAUGUAUAUAUGAUCAGGCCCGCCGAGACGGGGGGGGGGGGGGCAGGGGGGGGGCAAAUCCCCAGGGGCCCAGCGAGAUUUAGGGGCCCGGCACGCGCCCGCAAUCAACUUUUGAAAAUAUUAUAAUCAGCUAUAAAAAAUAUAUUACUUAUGCUUUUGUAAAUAUAACUUAACUAAACUUAAUAACAAUCAGAUUAAACGUCAAGCAUCUGAAUAUUGCCGUACUUAUUUACCAUUUUAUCAUUUUUAUGCAAUUCCGUCAAUCAGUCGUCUUAGUACUUUCUUCUGCUGAAAUAAACAUCAAUUUUUGAACACGAGUCACACGUGACACGACCAGAGAGACCGGGCUUGGUAAAUUCGGCCAGUGCCCCUCUUUAUUUUGAACACGCCCACACUGGGCGUUUGAAAUUAACUUCUGCUAAAUGUGCUAAACUAUUAUAAAGUAAACAAAUAUAAAAUGAUAAUAAUUUUUUGUAAUGAUGAAAUAUAAACACAAAUCUGGAGCACAAAAACGAAAAGAAAAAGCUAAUACAUUAAAAACGAUAAAAUCGGCAGGCGUACAUUAUUUCAAUUUGGAAUCGCAAAUGAAAAGGACAAAUCAGAGCCAGGUGUAAACUUUCCUAUCUUGGUUGAUUCUAAUGAAUUAGACUUACAUGAACGGUCCGGAAUUUCCAGGAUGGUGGGGCCAGAAUCGGAACCGUUCCGAUUGGAUGAAAAUGAAGAUAGCGUUAGCAUCGUAAUUCCAAAAGAUGAGAGUGUAAAUAUAAAUGAUGAAAAUCCGAAAAAUAUAGAAACAGUUGAAAGAUUAGGAUUUGAUGUAGGCACUUUGCCAUUCAGGCAAAUACUCACACAAACUAUAGAAACCGUGAUACGAAACGGUCCACCUAGACAUCCGGACAAUUUCCCGGGCGAUGGACAAAGAGCAUUUCCAAAGUGCAUUUUAAAGGUGUCCAGACAAAAUGGAGACGUUUGUGAAAGGGAUUGGUUUGUUUGGAGUAAAGAAAAAGAAUCCCUGUUUUGUUUUCCAUGCAGAUUAUUUAGUGAAGUUGCAGUAUCCUGCAGAUCAAUUUGGUCAAGUGAUCAAGGGUGGUCAAAACAACAAACGUGGCGUACGUUGUAUGACAAAGUACCAGCUCAUGAAAAAAGUGUCAGUCAUAAAGAAUGUUAUAUACAGUCGCAAGAUUCAGAAAGAAGAUUUCUACUUGGAAAGAAUAUAGAGUCUCAUAUUGAUAAAGAAAUUGCUGCAAAAGUGAAAUACUGGAGAGAUUUACUCAAACGAAUUUUAGCAGUGGUUUUAUUUUUGUGUGAAAGAGGACUUGCUUUCAGAGGUACUUCGAACAAAAUUGAUGACCAUGAUAAUGGAAAAUUUCUUGGAAUUAUAGAACUGUCAGCUCAGUUUGAUCCGCUUCUACAAGAGCAUGUUUCUAAAGUUCAAAAAUCUCAAAAACUUGGUCAAUGCCUUCAGGUCCAUUAUCUCUCAGCAGAUUCUCAAAAUAACUUUAUCAAAGCAUGCAGCUCAAAGUUGUUCAAGAAAUUUUGGCAGAAAGAGAAAGAUCAAAAUAUUUUUCAAUUAUGGUAGAUGCUAAGCCAGAUUGUUUUCAUGUAGAACAAAGUACUUUUGUUCUGAGAUGGUAAAUUCUACAAACAUUAACUGGAUGCUCACUGCAUAAUCUUUCUCAAACUAGAUGGUCUGCACAUGUGGAAAGUGUGAAACCUAUUACAAAGCAUCUGCCAAUUAUCAAACAUGCAUUAAGUUAUAGUGUGGAAAAUAAUGCGAGGAUAUACUGGUUUGGUAAUAUGUUUCGUUGUGUUAUAUAUAUAUACAUAUAAAUCUGUGUCCAUAAUCCAUUUUUGAAUUCCUUACACUAUAAAAUUAGACCAGAUAAAAUGCUUUACUAUUGCUAUGUGUUUCUAAAUGGCUUUCUGAACUAGACAAGGAUUGACAAAUGCCGCUUUCUCAUAUCUACUAUAAUUAGCCUCUCUUAAAGUUCACCUUCAUCGCCACUUACAGUGUGCUGCCUUAGGAGCUGCUUAGUCUUCACUGUUAGAAAGGGCUAUCACAUAAAUUUAAGUCCCUAUCACAAUUAUUCAGUAAACAAUACAAUUAUUUUGUUGCUUUUGUAGAAAACAAAAUCGAGGGAUGGAUUGGCAAGGUCGAUUGCAAUGAAUAGGCCCAUGUUACUGGGACAAGAUGGAAAUAUAUCGUUACAUUGUUUGAUAGUCGUUGGUUUUGGGUAAAAUUUAUGUUCACAUAAUAUGAAAUACACUUUCAACAAGUAAUUUCUGUAAUAUUAAUUUCUAAAAUUAAAAAUGUUUCGAGAUAUAUAAAAUAUAAUAUAAUUUAAACACAAAAUAAGUAAGCAAUUACAACCAAAGACAAUAUCUUGAAUAAUUGUUCAUAAGGAGACCUCUUUAUUUCCGAAAUUUAUAUUAUCUUAGUUUGAUUUCCCAGGCCGUCUAUCUUAGAGUUAGUAAAUAUUUAUAGAAAUGGAAUAAUCGUAUUUUGCUUUUCCGGGUUAUUAUAACAAGCUAGUAAAGUUAAAGACAAAUUUUUUACAAGUACUGAUUUAACCUUUAGUUCCACAUGGUCUGCAAAGUUUGAAAACAUAUCCUCUUUAUUUUCAUAUUUGCGUCUUCUGUAAUUAUUACUUUUAUAUUAAUUAAUUGCAGUGUAUGCUGUAACAGCAUUCUGCAAACUAUCAAUAUUAGAAUUAAAAUCUAGGUGUUCUUUAUGAACUCUAGUUGACAUUGCUAUGGCAUUGAAUCGAAAAGUUGUUGUUUUUUUUUGAAAUUCAAAGUUAAUUAAAAAACACUCCAGCUCUUUUAUCGAAAUUCCAUGGGUGAUAAUUUUGCACCAAUCUGGCUCAUUUCUCUAAAUCUUGUUUUUAAGAAUUUUUUUUUUUUAAAACUGAUCUUAAAACAUAAUCCUUAACAUCAGCAAGAUAUUUUUGAGUUUCAUUAAGCAAUGUUUAAUUAUCUGAAAUUAAUUUCUCUAAUUAGCCAUUUUUUAAAUUUCUAUUCGGUUAACCGGCUUCAGUUUCAAAAUCCUUUUUUUAUGCAACUAGAAAAAAAUUAUAAACAUAUUUUGUGGCUUUAUUUACAAAGUGGAAUUCAUGUAAAAUGUUUUUCAUUUGUCAACUAUCGCUUUCGACAUCCUCUUGGAUGGGAACAACUAGAUUCCUUCUUUUUGGAAAUAUUUUUAAUAAGAAUGUUUUUGAUAAAAAAUUCGCAGAGUAAACUGGGUAGAUCUAUAAGCGCCAGCACGUGUAGAGAAGUGCGCGUAAUCUUUUCUUACACCUCUGCCUGCAGCAACUCUUAGAAUUUAACAAAUGAGUGUUUCAGCUCAUUUUUUUCUUAAAAAAAAAAAAAAAAACAAUGGCUCGUCUAUCGAAAUGACUUUAUUUUGAAUAGAGUUUAUAGUUUCAAAAUAAUUAAUAAUUGGUUGUUGCUUUUUAUACAAAAACUUUUAUCUUUAUUUUAGUUGCAUAAAACUUGUUUUUUUUUAAAUUUUCGUCAAGUACCUGCCAUCGUCAGGGCCCAAAAACGCUUUUUGCCAAUCGUGCGAUGCUCGUUAGGUCGGUCAGCCUCUGUCUGCGAGAUUUUCACGUAGUCAGCCUUCAUUAUUAUCAAUGCACUUUUUUGCAAUAUGCUAAAUUUCGUGUGUAGAUUUUACUUUAUGUUUAUAUAAUAAUGUACAUACGUGUACAUCUUUAAACAGUAGAUCAGUGGUUCUUAAACUUGUUCCACAUUGGCUUAUGACUCACCAUGACCAUUACCCCACCCUCUCAACUGUAAAUCUCAAUUAUAAGAAUUCUUAAAAUAAAGUUUGCACAACCCUCUAUUUCAGACAUAAACACACAUUGAAAUGAUCAAUUAAAAACUAAACAAAACACAAUACUUAAAAUAAUUCAAUUAAAAUCGGAGUAAUUUGAUUUCCCAGGCCCUGCAGUAACGUAAUUUUAUUAGCAAGCGAGUUAGUCGUCUAACUUCUUCACUCGUCAAUUAUUAUUAUUACUGGAAUUGAGGAAUAUGUUUAAUAAAGUAAUAUCAAUUUAAAGUCUCAAUUUUAUUUUUUAAUGGAAAAGAUCACUUACUAUGUUCAUAUGAAAAUGAUAUCUAUGUGCUGUCAACAAAGCGUACAAACUGCUCUGAAACCACCUUCCAUCAAAUUUAAUACAAUCGUGAAAAUGCACACGAAGCUUUAUACAUAAGUUAUUAGAUAAAAUGUGUCAUUCGGUAGGUUAAACUCUUUGGAAAUUUUUAAAAAUGUUUUUGCACAAAAUAUGUUUUACUGUGAAAUGCACGUACUCUGAUUAAAACCUGCAUUAGUCAUCGCAUUUUUGAUCACCCAAUCAAUCCCGAGUUUAAAUAAGUAAAUCAAAUUUAAUCACCGUACAGACCUUGGCCUCGAAAGCGUUUAGAAAACAUUUAAUUGUGUGCAAUUUAUCUCCAUUGGCUUCAUCAUUAUUUGAAAAAUGAAUUUUUUUUUUUUUUUAAUCUGGUCAAAAGGUGUUUGACAGAUGGUAUCGGCUAUAUGAGGUAUCCUUGUUUCAGAGCCACUGUACAGAUGGGCUCGUGGCAAUUUACAAAUACUCAUGUGGAAGACAAUUUCAAAGAAUUGCUUAAGCUCAUCCUUCGUAAUGUUCAGUCGGCGAUUAAUUUAAAUUUGAAUACUGUAUCUGUUUGACUCCUCCAAGAUAUUUUCUAAAAUCUCUAGAUAAUAAUACUUUUGAAGUAUUCUAUUGGGGUACCAGGUGACUUAAUAUUCCUCACCAAGGAAGUCUGGAAUGGUAGUAGUUAUGUCAGGUCCUUCCUUUCUCUAUUUCCAAUAUGUUCCCCUUGAGCUGCUGACUGAAGCUUGCAUCCGUGUUGCAGCUUCAUAUUGACUUUAUCUGAAAUUUUAAACACCGGUUAUGGGAAUAAAACACUGCAAUUAUAAUUCAAACAUUAAUACAUGUUUCUUAAAAAUAUGUAUUUGCAUUCCUUAAAAAUAUUUAUGUCAUGUAUAGCUAAAUCAUAAAAAAAAAUUCAAAUGUCAAAAUUAUAUUUGUUUGUUAUAAUUACACUAUAUAAACUGAUUAUGCUUAACAUCUGGUUCUAAAUCAUAAAUAUUAGAAACAGUUGAGACAUCACUGUCUUUGUCAAACGUGUCCUCUUCAUCUGAAGAAAGUUCACUGUCCUCCGAUUUCUCUGGCAAUUCUCAAAAAUGAAUUUUAUUUGUUUUUUACAAUAAACAAUUUUGGGGUCCAUAAUCUGUAGAGAAAAGGGGGGGGGGCAGUUUUUUUAUUAAUUUCUUUAAAUUUAAUACAUAUGCCUUGUGCUAUGAGUACAAAUGGCAACAUACCGUUCAAAGUUGAACUUAUUAAAUAGGCAUGUGUUCCAUCCAAACAUUCUAUUUGUAUGUAUUCAAAAUUGAAUGUUUUAUAUCACAAUAUUUUUUUACGAAGUGCCUACUCGUCCGGCGCUUUGGACAAAUAGUGCUGGAGAUAUUCGUCCGGCAGGAAUGUCACGUGAUUGUAGGAAACUGGUAGGCGUUUUUUUUCUCCGGCAUUUUAUGUUGCAAGUGGUCGCCGGCAAAAUAGUAGCAUAGCAGUUGAUAUUCCAAUCCCUAAAUAAUAAAUAAAUGCUCAACAUGUUAAUAUAUUCAAAUGAACUAAGAUACAAAAAUUGUUUGACAUUGCAUAUAAAAAUAGUCGGCCUUUAUACUAACUAUUUAUCACCCUCACUAUUUCUUUUUAGCUAUUGUAUUUUUUUUAUUAUCGUAAUUCUCUCUCCCUCUCAGCAUUGCUAUUGCUUCCUUCUACUUUUAGAAUGCAUUAUUGCUUUUAAACAAGGAUAAUUUUCUAUUAUUUGUUUGCAAGAUACUCAGUACAUUAUUUGGUAGAGAAAUAUAUAUUAAAAUUAACAAUAGUUUUGAAUCAUUUGCGGUCACGUGACAAGGCUUACGGACAAAUCUAUAGCGCCCCUUUGUAACAUUGCUCAUGUGACUUGGUCAACGGGCGAAUAUCUCGUUAAAGUAUUCUUCCGGCGGUCAUGUGACUCGGUCGCCGAACGAAUAGUGCGGGAGAUAUAUGUCUGACACUGCCAUUUUUUAAGCACAUACGCAUGUUGUAGAGUGAAAUGUUAAUGGUGUAAACUUACCUUAUCAGUGCCGAAAAAAAAAAUGAAAGACGCGCUACAAAUUUGAUCUCGAAGAGACUUGCUUCGAACACAAAGGAAAGUGUACUAACGUCAAACGCUUAAAAAUAGAACGAUUUUUAAGGAGGCCAUUUCAAAAUUAGUGAUGUUUUAAUAUACAAUUGUUAUCCCUCUUUGAUCGGUAUGUUGCCAAAAUGGCAUCAGUGCACCAUAUGUAUAGGUUUAAGAGCUCAACCAGCCCCUAACAUCUAACAAAACUCUCUAAGCAUUUCCAAAAAACAUUGGGUUGUAUGCCCACACUAAGACCACAGAAAUAAAGUAUAUAUGUUUUUUUUUAAAGUGUUCUUAUAAUAAAAUGCCUGUAAUAAAUGAUAUGGUUAAUAUCAAGUUUAAAUGCUGUAAAGUAAUACAGUUUCCUUUUUCAGGGCCUAUAUCUAGAUCCAUAUGUAGCUUUAUAAUGUAAAUAGCCACAUUUUAAAAGAUAUAUAUAUAUUUUUUUUUUUAAAUUGUGUGCAGCUAAACAACCUAUUGAUACGUCAAGACCACUUAAGCACUUCCAGUGUGAAAAGAAUUAUGGGCAUUCCAAAUUCUAUGCUCUCAAUGAUAUCAAAUUGGAUUACAUUCAUGGAGCUUAUCAAGACGACGAGAUCCUAACAUUAAUUAAAUGCAUAGCUGACCUCACUACAAGAGUAUGUGUCAAAUACACAAGUAAACACAGACCUACCUCUGUAAAAGAUAGUAAUGAGAUGAAUCUGAAUUACCUCAUCAAGGACAUAAAAGCUCCUAGGUACAAAACUGGAAUGAUUAUAAAUGUUCAAAAAUAUUCAGACGAUGGCUCAACAUUUCCAUGUGAAAAGUGCAUAGGAAAGUGUGUGCACAGUGCAUCAAUGGGUAACGUGUUUAUACUGACAGCAAGCACAGUUGUUUAUGAUGAUAGUGAAGCUGAAAAAUCAAGUUUUGAUUUGUUUUAUGACUCGCAUUCUAGUCAGUUUACUACAUUGCAAGGCAGACGUAUCAGUGAAAUUGAUCUAUCUGAAGGUUGGUGUGUAGUAGAGUGUGUCACAUGUGAUUUGAGCUUAUUGGAUAGGUUGAUAUUGAUGACAAAUAAGUGCAAGGAACAAAUGAUUAAAGUUAACAUGAAAUACAAUACACCAGAACAUCAGCGCACAUUCACGUGUAUUGUCUCACAUCCUCAUGGCUUCCCAAAACACGUAACUUUUGGAUAUUGGAAAGAUAGGGUAAGCGUGUCGAAGGAUCGAUAUAAUUUACAUACGAGAUACCAAUACACCACACGUACAUGUCCUGGUAGUGCUGGUGCAUUUGUUUACAUUAUAGGAGUGAGUGAUAUUUCUCAGAAGGCCUAUCAUGUACAUAUAAGUUUUCAAGCGGAACGUUGUAAUUACUGUAGUAUUGGUGUGGAAAAAUUACCCGAAGUUAUUGAUCUUUAGGGGUAAGUUUAUAAAAAUGUAAACUGCGGGGAGAACAAUUUCUCAUUUAAAGCUUUAAAAAAUGUAAUAAAAUUGUUAAACUUAUUUUUUCCUAAAUAACUAGAUAACGAUUUUUAUUGUUCCAUAAACAUUAAUGUUAUCAACCACCUAACAAAUACUUUCAAAGAGUAAAAAAAAAAUGUAUAAGUGUACACAUUUGUAAUAUGAAUCCGACAGUUGAAUCUAUUACUAAGCUCAUUACAAAUUGUGUUAUUCUAUUGAUAUAGAUCAAGUACCGACAUUUUACUUUAUUGCUUUUCUGUUUAUAUUAAAUGGAAUUAUGAUUUGUAAAUUAUUUUUGGUAAUUAUUCAAAUUAAUGUUGUUUACUUAUCUUUUUUGUUAGAAGAAUGGAGAUAAUAUGAUGUGACCGAUCCUCACAAAAAAAUAGGCAAUUCACUUGGGCCAUUCCAAGUUAGAGCCAUUUUGUAUGCCAGC